GUCACGACAUUCCUUCAAAGUGCACUUCUUAACUUGAGGCUAAACCCCAAACCUCUUAUCUUACAUGACAGUACACCCUUUCACUUUUUUCUGUUUCUGACUUUUACUGAGACGAAAACUUUACCACCUCAAUCAGCAGCAAAAGAGAUUGUGUCACCACAAUGUCAAGAGCCAAAGUCGAAUUGAUCCCUUGGGAUCCCAUCUCCCCAGACCACGUCACAAGAAUGAUAGAUCAGAGGAUAGCAUGCGGUUGGGCCUCGGAUUUGGUGCCGCAAUGGCAAGAGAACCAGCAAACUGGAUUCAAGUGCAUCUACUGGAUUGUAUUCGCAGAUGACGAUACGGAGCGAGAAGCAAGACUCGCAAAGCACAUCGCCGAAUACCCCAAAGAAAAAGUGUUUAUUCUGGAUACAGCAGACUCCAUCAGCGCAACCCCGCGAACCCCCACAGGCGCAUCCUUCCACCCUGUCGGCCACAUCUCACUCGACAUCGACAACCCCGCCGCGGCGCCUCUCAACCUGCCGAUCCCUAAGGAGAACGUUUACUGGAUCAAGAGCCUCUACGUGUCGUUUGCACUGCAGAGCUGCGGCAUCGCCAGGGCCGCCAUGGACAUGGUUGAGAGCAUGGCCAUCAGCGAGCCGCUGUGCGCAAAGACGCUCAUGUUGGAUACGGUCUCCAAGGAGGACCAGUUGAGGAAGGAGUCUAUGGUAGUGGCGCAGGGAAAGCUUCCGCCCACGCCGACACAUGCAUGGUAUGAGAGGAGAGGAUAUAAACUGAUCCACACCAUCAACAACUUUUAUGGUUUCCCGGAAAAGGAUCCGGAUGGCAACUUGCUCAUUCGAAGAACGGUGUUCUUGCGCAGAGAUCUCGUCUAACUUGGUCUUCUAGGUACUCGCGCGUACAUGUAAAUAGCUCU